UAUGCAUCUUCCUCAUUCAUCAUUAACUCUGCUAAGUUCUAUAGAGAUAUUAUCAGUUUUCCAAACGAAACAAAGAAACCAUGAAAUUCGAUGAUAAGUACAAACUUAUUGUUGUAGGCAUCAGCGGCGUUUUAGCGGGAGUUGUUGUCAUAAUGUUUAUCUGUUGUUACAAGAACAAGAAGAAGAAGUUUCAGCUACCGGAGCCGCCACAGACACCGGAGUGGCAGCGACAAAUUGUUUCUGCUCCGACACUUCAGACAAGAAACAUUGAUGUCGGAAAUGAUCGCUUGUGGGGUAAAAGCGAAACCGUUGUGAAGAAAUCUGUCAUUCCACUGAGGCCAAACGCAGUAGACAAUACCUUGCGCUAUCAGGGGCCUAAAAAUUUGGAGAGGCCUCGGAGACAGAGAGAUGAUGUGACGCCUGCAGCUUCUACUUCAGCAUUUGCUGGUGAUUGUGGUGGCAGUAGCGGUGGUGACAACGGUUGUGAUGGUGGUCACAGUGGCGGUGCUGUGACUGAGUUUUGCUAUACGAUCUCGAUGGUUCGUAUGUUUUGUGGAAUCCUCAGCCGGAAGAAUAAAAAGCCUUCGUCGUCUCCGUCUUCACCGUCGCGAGAUAUUAAAAAGGUAAGACCAGAACUAGCAGGGCUUUUAGCCGCGGCAAUGGCUGCUGUUGUGGUGGUGGUGCCGGCUGUGCCGGCGGUUGUGGAGCUUAAAGCUUUCGUGGCCAUCGCGAUGGGUGCACUCUUAUGCUAUCACAAGGAGGAGGAGGCGAAGUCAUCUCCUCCAAAAGAUAACGUCAAAAAAGGUGAAACGACGGGAAAAAAAGAUGGAGGUCUUGUUGUUGUGUCGUCUUCGGAAAAAAGUAAGACCAAAGGCUGUUGUUGCGGCGGAGGUGGGUGUGGUGGUGGUGGUGGGUGUGGAGGCGGGUGUGGUGGUGGGUGUGGAGGCGGUUAG